AUGCUGGAAGAAAAGGCAAUAGGCACUGCAAUGGCUUCAGGGGAGCAAAAAUCACCUGCCCAAACCCAAAGGUUGCAAAUUUAUCCCAAUACAAAUUCUGGGGUCUCACCUUUCUGGAGAGAAAAGUAUGAAAAAGAUGCCAAGAGGUAUUGGGAUGUUUUCUACAAGCGCCACAAGGACAAAUUUUUCAAGGAUCGGCACUACUUGGAUAAGGAAUGGGGCGAGUACUUUUCUGGAGGAGGAAAAAAAGUGAUUUUGGAGGUUGGUUGUGGAGCUGGAAAUACUAUCUUUCCUGUGAUAGCAUCAAAUCCAGAUGCUUUUGUUUAUGCCUGUGAUUUCUCACCACGAGCUGUUGAGUUGGUUAAGACACAUGAAGACUACAAGGAAUCCCAUGUUAGUGCUUUUGUCUGUGAUUUGACAGCUGAUGAUCUGAGCCAAGAGAUUCUUCCAACUUCAGUUGAUAUUGUUACAAUGAUAUUUAUGUUGUCUGCAGUGUCCCCAGAAAAGAUGCCUCUAGUUUUGCAAAAUGUUAGAAAAGUUAUCAAGCCAAAUGGAUAUGUGUUGUUCAGAGACUACGCUACUGGAGACCUUGCUCAGGAAAGGUUCUCUACCAAAGAUCAGAAGAUUAGUGAUAACUUUUAUGUUAGAGGUGAUGGCACUCGUGCUUACUAUUUUUCAAAUGAGUUCUUGACAAAUUUAUUCAAAGAAAAUGGUUUUGAUGUUGACAAACUUCAUGUAUACUGCAAACAAGUUGAGAACCGCUCAAGGGAGUUGAUAAUGAAUCGGCGGUGGGUCCAAGCUGUAUUUCAUGUAUCAGAUAGUUCCAACUCGUCUUCAAGCAAAGAAGCCGAGGACAAUAAUGUUGAUAAGGAAAUCAAGCAAAAUAGUUUGUAUGGUGGUUUAAAUGACUCUGCAGUUGAUUUGUCUGAGGGUCUGGCAAUUGAUAUGUUUGGAGUCUUACCUUCCAGUGAGUAUGAGAUCAUUGAGAUCAACCUUAGAGGCUGGAAUUUCAAGAUUAGUUUACUUUCAAAAGAGUACCAACAUACCUGCAAGUCAACGGGUUUGAUGCUGUGGGAAUCGGCUCGUUUGAUGGCUUCUGUCCUUGCAGAAAAUCCCAGCAUUGUUGCAGGAAAAAGGGUCUUGGAGUUGGGGUGCGGCAGCGGCGGUAUCUGCUCAAUGAUUGCUGCUGGAGAUGCUGAUCUAGUAGUUGCAACCGAUGGAGAUGAUUUUGCACUUGAUCUCCUGGCCAAAAAUGUUGCAUCUAACAUUGAGCCAUCAUUGCUGACUAAACUAACCACCAAACGAUUGGAGUGGGGAAACAAAGACCACAUAGAAAGCAUAAAGGAUGUAGUGAGCAAUAGAGGAUUUGAUGUCAUCAUUGGCACAGAUGUGACAUAUAUUCCUGAAUCUAUAUUGCCACUGUUUGCAACUGCAAAAGAACUGAUUGCUACUGGUGGAAGCCAUGAAGAUGGUAAUGUUCCUGCACUUAUUCUUUGCCACAUCUUCCGCCGGGUAGACGAACCAACCUUACUUUCCGCUGCGACGCAUUUUGGAUUUAGAUUAGUUGACAAGUGGCCUGCUGAGACUUCAAGUAAUUUGUCCCAUAGCAUUAUUGACAAUUGGUUUAUUGACAAUGGUUUAAAGGAUGAUCUUCCUAGUACAGCAUUGAACAUCUUGCUCUUCUGCAAGGAGUGA